CGCGCCGGAUCGGUAGCUGGGAGCCUGAGCGGUGGCCGAGUAGCAGCAGCGAGGAGCGCUCGCGGCGCUGCCGGUCCAGGGGUCCCCGCGCCCCGCACGCCCGGCCGGCCCGGCCCGCAGGGAGCAUGGGCGCGGCAGCCGUGCACUGGCACUUGUGCGUGCUGCUCGCCCUGGGCGCGCGCGGGCGGCUGGCGGGGGGCAGCGGGCUCCCAGGGGCAGUUGACGUGGACGAGUGCUCAGAGGGCACAGAUGACUGCCACAUUGAUGCCAUCUGCCAGAACACGCCCAAGUCCUACAAAUGUCUCUGCAAGCCAGGCUACAAGGGGGAAGGCAGGCAGUGUGAAGAUAUUGACGAGUGUGAGAAUGACUACUAUAACGGGGGCUGUGUCCACGAGUGCAUCAACAUCCCCGGGAACUACAGGUGCACCUGCUUUGAUGGCUUCAUGCUGGCGCACGAUGGACACAACUGCCUGGACGUGGACGAGUGUCAGGACAACAACGGUGGCUGCCAGCAGAUCUGCGUCAACGCCAUGGGCAGCUACGAGUGCCAGUGCCACACUGGCUUUUUCCUCAGUGACAACCAGCACACCUGCAUCCACCGCUCCAACGAGGGUAUGAACUGCAUGAACAAAGACCAUGGCUGUGCCCACAUCUGCCGGGAGACACCCAAAGGUGGGGUAGCCUGCGACUGCCGGCCCGGCUUUGACCUUGCCCAAAACCAGAAGGACUGCACACUAACCUGUAACUAUGGAAACGGAGGCUGCCAGCACAGCUGCGAGGACACGGACACGGGCCCCAUGUGUGGCUGCCACCAGAAGUAUGCCCUCCACUCUGACGGUCGGACAUGCAUCGAGAAGGAUGAGGCUGCAAUUGAGCGCUCUCAGUUCAAUGCCACGUCAGUAGCUGAUGUGGACAAGCGGGUGAAACGGCGGCUACUCAUGGAGACAUGUGCAGUCAAUAACGGAGGCUGUGACCGGACAUGCAAGGACACAGCCACCGGCGUGCGGUGCAGCUGCCCUGUCGGAUUCACGCUGCAGCCCGAUGGAAAGACAUGCAAAGACAUCAACGAAUGCCUGGUCAACAACGGAGGCUGCGACCAUUUCUGCCGCAACACUGUGGGCAGCUUCGAGUGUGGCUGCCGGAAAGGCUACAAGCUGCUGACAGACGAGCGGACGUGCCAGGACACCGACGAGUGCUCCUUCGAGCGGACCUGCGACCACAUCUGCAUCAACUCCCCCGGCAGCUUCCAGUGCCUGUGCCACCGUGGCUACAUGCUCUACGGGACAACCCACUGCGGAGAUGUAGACGAGUGCAGUGCGAGCAAUGGGAGCUGCGGCCGUGGCUGUGUCAACACCAAGGGCAGCUACGAGUGUGUCUGCCCUGCAGGGAGCUGGCUGCACUGGAACCAGAAGGACUGUGUGGAGACGGGCAAGUGUCUCUCUCAAGCCAAGUCCUCGCCCCAGGCCUGGCUGUCCUGCAGCAGGGCGAGUGGUGUGGAGAGCUGCCAGCUCUCCUGCCCGAUGCACACACUCUUCAUGCCAGACUCGGAAAACAGCUACAGCCUGAGCUGCGGUGUCCCGGGUCUCCAGGGCAAGACGCCACAGAGACGCAACAGCACCAGCUCGAGCACCGGGCCCAGCUGCUCAGGUGGCCCUGCCAGCCCCAUCAGGCAGAAGGCCCGCUUCAAGAUCCGGGAUGCCAAGUGCCACCUCCGGCCCCGCGGCCGGGAGCCAGCAAAGGAGGCCCCUAGGCAGCCGCUGCUGGAAAACUGCCACGUGACCUUUGUGACUCUCAAGUGUGACUCCUCCAAGAAGAGGCGCCGUGGCCGGAAGUCCCCAUCCAAGGAGGUGACCCACAUCACAGCAGAGUUCGAAGUCGAGACAAAAAUAGAAGAGACCUCAGAUGCCUGUGACGCAGACUGCACGAGGAGGCGAGCGGAGCAGAGCCUGCAGGCCGCCAUCAAGACUCUGCGCAAAUCCGUCAGCCGGCAGCAGUUCUCUGUCCAGGUCGCUGGCACCGAGUACGAGGUAGCCCAGUGGCCGGCCAAGGCCCUGGAGGCCCAGGGGCCGUGUGGCACAGGCCAGGUGUUUCAGGAUGGCCAAUGCGUGGCCUGCAGGCCUGGAACCCACUUUAGUGGAGAGCCCAGCCAGUGCGUGCCAUGCACGCCAGGGACCUACCAGGACAAGGACGGCCAGCUCAGCUGCACGCCGUGCCCCAGCAGCGAUGGGCUUGGCCCGGCCGGUGCCCACAACAUAUCCGAAUGUGGAGGCCAGUGCCUUCCCGGCUCCUUCUCUGCCCACGGCUUCAGGCCGUGCCAGGCCUGCCCUGUGGGCGCGUUCCAGCCUGAGCCUGGGCGCGCCAGCUGCUUCCCCUGUGGAGGGGGCCUGCUCACCAAGCACGAGGGCGCCGCCUCCUUCCAGGACUGUGAGGCCAAAGUGCACUGCUCCCCCGGCCACCACUAUAACACGACCACCCACCGGUGCAUCCGCUGCCCUGUGGGCACCUACCAGCCCGAGUUUGGCCAGAACCACUGCAUCAGCUGCCCGGGCAACACCAGCACUGACUUUGACGGCUCUACCAACGUCUCGCACUGCAAAAACCAGCACUGCGGUGGUGAGCUAGGUGACUACACGGGCUACAUCGAGUCCCCCAACUACCCCGGCGACUACCCAGCCAAUGCAGAGUGCGUGUGGCACAUCUCGCCGCCCCCCAAGCGCAGGAUCCUCAUCGUGGUCCCCGAGAUCUUCCUGCCCAUUGAGGAUGAGUGCGGCGACGUCCUGGUGAUGAGGAAGAGCGCCUCGCCCACGUCCAUUACCACCUAUGAGACCUGCCAGACCUAUGAGAGGCCCAUCGCCUUCACCUCCCGCUCCCGGAAGCUCUGGAUCCAGUUCAAAUCCAACGAGGGCAACAGCGGCAAAGGGUUCCAGGUGCCCUACGUCACCUACGAUGAGGACUACCAGCAACUGAUAGAAGACAUCGUUCGGGAUGGACGGCUCUACGCCUCGGAAAAUCACCAGGAAAUUCUGAAGGACAAGAAGCUGAUCAAGGCCCUCUUUGACGUGCUGGCACACCCCCAGAACUACUUCAAGUACACAGCCCAGGAGUCCAAAGAGAUGUUCCCCAGGUCCUUCAUCAAACUGCUGCGCUCCAAAGUGUCCCGAUUCCUACGGCCUUACAAAUAGCGCUGGUGGAGCCGCCCUGCUUGGGGAUGGCCUGUGUCCCAGGGGAGGGGAGAGCGCCUUCCCUCCACAGGAGAAGCUGAAAGGCAGCCCACAGCCCCCACGCGGCCUUGGAGAUCACCAUGGCGGCUGCCCUUCAGGAAACGCAGACCGGCCCGUGGACAGCAGAGACCCCCGCCUGCCCGGCUGCACCCCCAUCUCCACCCCAGUGGGAAAACCUUGCUUAAGGCAGCCUUUCUCCAUGCUUCCUCCACCUGUUCAUUUCCAGGACACCAAGAGUGCCCCGUCCUGAGCUGGCACUAGCAGACACAGACUGGACCAGCAUGCUCUGGGCCACCAUGCCAGCAGGUCCUGGGCUGAGGGUGCCUUUGGAGAUUGCAUGUGCCCUGCACCUGGCACUUCGGGAGAGAGAGAGGAGCUUGGCUGCCCCUGUCUCCAGGGGAGGCACUCAGAGACUGGAGGCCAGGCUGCCUGGAAUAAGGGGUGUGUGAAGGGCUCUGGCCUCUGGGGGGCUUUGAUAAGCAAGUCAGUGCCUUCAGGCCAUCCACACCCAACUCCUCCAGCCCCAGGCCCAGGACACGGUGCCACGUGGCUGGGCUUAAGGAUUCUGUGCUGAAGCAGAAAAGAGCUGCUAGGGGAGGAGACUGUAGAUAUGUGCUUUCCUGGGAUAGAGCAUCUAAUUAAGUACUUUCUAUAUAUAAAUAUAAAUAUAUAUAUAUAUAUGUA